CUUUAAUGUGUGAAGAUUCUGAUUGUGAAUUAAUAUAUCAACAGGUGAACCAGGUAGAUGUGUGUUGACAAUGCCAGUGCCUUUUAAGAUCCAAUGUGAUGGAGUAAGCAAUAAAAGAAAUCGUGUGUAUGGCCUCGAGUCUCUACUUGAAGAUGACGAUUUACCUGAUUUAAAUAUAGACCCGACCACAGGAUCUACCUAUACCAAAGCAUAUUGUGAAAUAGAUGAUGAUAUCUCUUACCUACAUACUUAUCAACCUGCCAGGCUUUCUGCCAGUCCUACAUAUAAUGAAAAGGAUGAUGAUGUUUACCAAUAUGCAAAACAACCCACAAGCCAUUCUGCUCAACCCACAUUACAACCUACAAGCCAUUCAUCUCCCUUGGUUUGCAGUGAAGUGAAAGACAGAUCUGAUCAUCAGGAAUUAAAAACUGCAGGAUUGAAUUUAAAAGAAAAAUUUGCACCUGAACCAGUAUUCUUUGCACUUGAAUCUGAUGAUGAUAAAAAUGAAGCAUGUGCAAAACAAUUCCCAAGCCAAUCAUCCUCUUUGGUCCGUGACAAAGAGGUGGUGGCUCAUUCUAAUACCAGACGAACUAUGUGCCGCACUCCUGGCUACACACAUCACCAGAAUGACACUGCCAGUCUUGAUGAACCUUGCACUGCUAAAAAAGUCAUGUCUGAAGAGGAAGUCGUAGAUCUGACGGACUUUGGUUAUAGUACUAAAUCACCUGCCCUGGAUGUACCAACAACUUCGACUGUAAAACAAACUGUGCCUGAUACCGAUAUUGUGGUGGUAUCCAUUUAUGAUAGUGAUGUGGAAUUAUCUAGUAAUGAUGAGGAAAAUGUAUGUGGCAGUGAUGUUGUUGAUUUAACAAGUGAAGAACCCAAUCCUGGAGUAGUAAAUGUUCUGGGGUCUCCGAUACAUAAUUUAGAUUUGCCGAAAGAAUACAGUCGCGCACCAAACAAAUGCUCGUCGGGUUUAGACAUUGACGGCAUUGAAAUAAUCGAAGAAAAACACAAUUCCACACACGCAUCACCAGGCAGGAAGGUGAGUAAAGCUUGUAAAAAGGUUUCCAACCGCUUGAAGAGCAUUUUACUGACCAAUGAGGAGUUAAUGGAAUCUGUCAACUUCAAGGAUAUAACGAAUAAAGUGAGAUCCUCGCUUGGGAAAAAGAGCCGCAAGCGAAUUAAAAGUCACAUGACGAAUCUUCAGCACAUUGCUCUAUGUGGUUAUCUCCAGAAUCUUCAACAAGCAACCAGAUCAGUGUCAGUGUUGUAUGAGAAGUUGAAGUGUUCAAUGCACAUCGCCAGUCAUUCCUCCAAAAAACUGUGUGUACAGUGUGGCUGGCCAUUUUCAUUGGUUUUGGGUUUUACUCAUGCGAAAAUACAGUUGCUGAUGCUGAAGAAAUGCCAAGGUUUACACAGAUCAAUCCGAACUCUUGUCCUCACUCCAUUUUUCUUGAGCCCCGAAGAAAUAAGUUGGAUAGAUUCUACACCUAAUCAGUGGUGGUCUUGGCUGACAGGUUAUAAAAAGAUGGGGAUGCAAGUAAAUCCUCUGAUGAUGGCUCAACCAACCACAGAGGAGGAAGUGGAAGAGGACGAAGACAUGGGGAUUGCCGAAACAUACUCAGAUUACAUGCCCUCAAAGUUGAAGGUUGGAAUCAAGCAUCCUGACCAGGUCGUAGAAACUGCUUCCAUGUCAUCAGUGGAGCCUCCCGAUGUGUGGUAUGAGAUGGAAAUCCCUGAUACCUCAAUUGACACAGGAAAACUUUCGGCCUUACAGUUAGAGAGCAUUACUUAUACCUCACAACAGCACGAACAGUUCCUACCAGAUGGAACAAGGGCGGGAUUCCUCAUAGGCGAUGGUGCUGGUGUUGGCAAAGGGCGCACGAUAGGAGGAAUCAUUUACGAAAAUUAUAUUAAGGGACGAAAAAAGUCGAUUUGGGUCUCUGUGUCUAAUGAUCUUAAAUAUGACGCAGAGCGGGACUUAAAAGACAUCGGUGCAGGACACAUUUCAGUAUAUUUUCUUAGUAAAAUGAAAUAUGGAAAAAUAAACUCAGACCUCAAUGGAAAUGUGAAGAAAGGAGUGUUAUUUUCAACGUAUUCAGCUCUCAUUGGUGAAUCAACUAGCGGGCAGGGAAAAUACAAGUCGCGGCUAAAACAGAUAUUAAAUUGGUGUGGUGACGACUUCGAUGGCUGUAUUGUGUUUGACGAGUGUCAUCGUGCCAAGAACCUAAGCCCAGUUGGUUCUGGGAAACCAACCAAAACGGGAUUGACGGUGUUGGAAUUACAAACAAGGUUGCCCAAAGCACGUGUUGUUUACGCAUCUGCGACAGGAGCCUCCGAACCAAAGAACAUGGCAUAUAUGGUUCGUUUAGGAAUCUGGGGGAAAGGUACUCCAUUCCCAGAGUUCACUGACUUUAUAAGUGCUGUGGAAAAAAGGGGUGUUGGUGCUAUGGAAAUCGUGGCCAUGGAUAUGAAACUUCGUGGAAUGUACAUCGCUCGCCAACUUAGUUUUCACGGGGUAACUUUCCGAAUAGAAGAAGUCCCAUUAGAUGAAGAUUUUAAACACGUAUAUGAUGAAUCUGUGAAGUUGUGGGUAGAUGCUAGACAAAAGUUCCAGGAAGCAUCGGAAUUGAUAAAUGCUGAAAAAGGAAUGAAGAAGUCUAUGUGGGGGCAGUUCUGGUCCUCCCAUCAACGUUUUUUCAAGUACCUGUGUAUAGCAUCUAAGGUUGAUCAUGCAGUCAGAUUGGCUCGUGAGGCUGUCAAGACUAAUCGGUGUGUAGUGAUUGGUUUACAAUCUACCGGUGAGGCACGUACAUUAGAACAACUGGAAAGGGACGACGGUGAACUCUCAGACUUUGUCUCGACUGCUAAAGGUGUCUUAGAAACCUUAGUGGAGAAACACUUCCCGGCACCAGACCGAAGUCGCAUUAAUAAGAUCUUGGGAAUCUCUGAAACCAGUAAAGAGUUUAAGGAUAUUAUCGAUGAAGUGACUGGAAAGACCUCGAAAAGAAAACCAGUACGACAAGCAGCUCAGCGUGCGGCAAAGAGAAGGUUCCGGGAGGCUCACUCGGAUAACGACGAGGACUCGGACUUCGAAAUGUCAGGGGACAGUGCUGCUGAAGAGGAAGACGAAGAUGCCUACUCGUCUGAGGUUUCAUCAGACUUCUCAGGAAUUAGUGACUUCGACGAUGAAGAUAGUUGGGGUCGCCCCAAAAAACGCGGAAAAGCAAAAAAACACAAACAAAAGAAUGGAAAAGGCCGAGCUGAAAAUGGUGACAGACCUCCCCCACCGCCCAAAGAUCACGUGGAAAAGGCGAAUAAGUUAAAAUCGGAACUCUUGAAAGGAAUUGAAAACUUAGGCAGAAAACUUCCCCCCAACACACUGGACCAGCUGAUUGACGAAUUAGGUGGGCCAGAAAAUGUUGCCGAAAUGACAGGUCGCAAAGGCCGAGUGGUGCAAAGUGAUGACGGUCAAGUAAUGUACGAGUCUCGAUCAGAAGCCGACGUUCCUCUUGAAAUUUUGAAUAUUAGAGAAAAAGAAAGAUUUAUGGCAUCAGAAAAAGAUAUUGCUAUUAUCUCCGAGGCUGCAAGUUCAGGUAUCUCGCUACAGAGUGAUCGCAGAGUUGUCAACCAGAGAAGAAGAGUACACAUAACCCUUGAACUACCUUGGUCUGCUGACAGAGCUAUUCAACAAUUUGGGCGAACACACAGAAGUAAUCAAGUGAACGCUCCAGAGUACGUGUUCCUUAUAUCUGAACUUGCAGGAGAGCGAAGGUUUGCUUCUACUGUGGCCAAGAGAUUAGAAAGCUUGGGAGCUCUAACUCACGGUGACAGGAGAGCAACAGAAUCCCGCGAUCUCUCGUCCUUCAACAUUGAUAACAAAUAUGGUCGCAUGGCCCUGGAGUCGACUAUGAAGACGAUGAUGGGUUAUGAACACCCCAUAGUUCCUCCCCCAGAAGAUUAUAAAGGCGAUUUCUUCUCUGACAUUCAGAAUGCCUUGGUUGGGGUAGGGCUAAUCCUUAAAGAAGAUAGCAUACAUCAACUGGAUAAAGACUACAACAACAUGAGCAAAUUCUUAAAUAGGAUAUUAGGCAUGCCGGUAGAACUACAAAAUAGAUUAUUCAAGUACUUCACAGACACAUUAGCUGCUAUUAUUACUCAGGCGAAACGAACCGGAAAGUUUGAUAUGGGUAUUUUAGAUUUGGGGAUAGGUGGUGAAGGCUGUAAAAAGACAAAAACAAAGACCUGGGUUGGUAAACACGUCACAGGAACAGCUAAGACUGAACUCCAUAAUGUCCUAGUUGAGCGAGGUCUUUCCUGGUCAGAAGUGCAAGAAAAGUGGGCCGAACUCACUGGAGAUCUUGAAGGCUUCUACCUCUCUCACCAAGUUCGGAAUAACAAGAAAACUGCCGUACUUGCGGUCUUGGAACCAUCUCCUGUAAAUAAAAAGCGCGACAAGAAUUCUCGAAUGUUUAUUUUAUAUCGGCCAAACACAGGGAUGCAGAUGAAGCAAGAGCCUUACUCAGACCUGAAGAAGAAGUACAAGAAAGUAACCCCAGAUGAAGCUCAGGAACACUGGGAGGAACAAUUCAAUUCAUCUAGUCACAUAUGUUCACACGCUUAUUGGCAAGGCAACUGUCGCCGUGUGAACAGUGGGCUGGAGUGUGAGAUAGGUUUGAGGCGACGCACAUACCAUGUUUUAUGUGGCUUGGUGUUGAAUGUAUGGGCACGAGUUGAAGAUGUUCUGUCGUGUGCACCACAAUCACAUUCUUCCAAGAUGCAGGUUGUACGACUCAAGACCAGUGACGGCAUUAAGCUGGUUGGUACCCUCAUUCCAAACAAUCUGGUAUCACGGCUUUGUGAAGUUAUGGAACAAGAAAGUACAGAAUCGUUUGAGGAGACCUUUACAGAUGAAGACAGCAAUGAUAGCAAAGACAGCAAGGAGUAGUGACUAAUAUUCUGAACAGAAUUAUUUGUGGAAUUGGAGGAGAAAGGAAUGACUACUUCAGGAGCAGAAAAAUAAAAGGAGCAAAAGUAGCAUAUACAGUAUUUGGUUAAUGCUUUAUGAUAGGUGUUAUUGAGACUGCAGAUUUAGUGCAAAAUUAUAACAGUGGUGUAAAAAUAAUAUAAUUAGAUGGAUAAUUGUAGAUACUACUGCAAAGCUGCUACAGACUGACUAGUUCCUUGUCCUGAAUUAUACAGUACGUUAUAGUGUUAUCACUAUACAAUUGAAGUGGUCAUAUCAGUGCUGUGUUUCUGCUACGUAAGGUCAACCAAAUUUUUUUUUUAAUCUGAGAAGCUACCAUUAACAGGAGCAGUACAGAAAAGUUUCUUUUGCAUCUGCAAUUUGAUUUUAUUGCCGAGUAUAAUUUGAUCGUGAAAUCAUCAGUUAUUAGAAAAUAGUCAAGUACGUAACUCGGUUUAAUUUGGUAAGCAAUAUUGUUGCAAUUAUGUGGAUGCAUAAGGAAGGGAUCUUCUGAACUCCUGUAUUGCAGUCAUUGUGGUAAUUUUUUUAGAUAAUUUGCAGUUAGCCCGGGGCUUCUUGUCCAUGGUUUCAGGUUGACUAAAUGGCAAAGCUUGAAGAAGAUAGCCAUUACCCGUAGUAUGGGCAAGUGAUAUUUUCAGGUGAAUACCUCUCCGUCGAGAGGAUCCGAUGGCAAUUAAUAUGGACGUGUAGUGUACCUGCUGUGAAGCCAAGAACCAUAAUAUUAAAGGAUUGUGAGCAGAUAAUGUAGUUAUAAAUAUAGUGGAAAAACUAGUUUUUCAUAGAUUUUGGCACCCAAUAAUUUGCAAUUGUGUAUUAAGUGUGCACAAAUUAAUGUAUGUUACAUUUCAAGGUUAGUCUUGAAUUAUUGAACUAUAUUUUACCCUUUAGAUUUAUUUAGCCCUUUGGUCCAAUGUUGCACCAUGGUAGUCCUGAACUAAUUAAAAGGAUAGCAACUGAGGAAGGCCUCCUUUUCCCAAAAAAUCUAAUUUAUUUUAAAUUAUUCUGCACGUGAUGUCCUCACAUCAGUUACUAUUUCAAGGUGACUCGUUUCUAAAAAGUACUUGAUGUAUAUAUAAUUUGCUUUUUUCUUACCAUGUAUACUGUAUGAACUUGAAGGUAUUAAUUUACGCAAGUUUUACUGAAUGUGCUGUGGAAGAAUGAUGUUGUAAAUUUUAUGUCCACAAGAUUACCUUCAUGAUUUAGAAUUCACAUAGACAAAUUAUAAAAAAAAUAUAGCUUUUCAGUCAGUUUCUUCAGUAAUUAAAUGUAGGCCAUGCAGUUAUGAUCAUUUAUCGGGUGGGCAUUAGCAGUUCGCCCAGAUGAGGAUGUUGCAGGACAUGGUCAGCAGGUACUCGUAAUCAGUUUACAGGGCAUUUUCCAAAGUAUUGUACAACGCGAUCUCGUAUGACCUGAAUGUUCUUUUAUGGCCACAAUUCUGUAGCUUUGUGUGUGGCUAAUAUUAUAUUUGGUUAGUGUCGAUACUCCAGUGAUUGGCUACAGUGGUUUCCUCUCUGAACACGGGUCUUUUUUUAAUCCUAUCAGAAACUAAAUGGCAGUCAAUCUUUUUUAAACUAUAAAGUUUUCUCUGCUGCAUGUAAGGCUUCAGAGUUUGGGACGUAAUAUUUCUGGUUGCCAAUUUGGCAACAGUGUAGAUAGUACAAGUGGUUUCACAAAAGCAGAUGCCAGCAGGAGGGUCACCAAAUUAAGUGUUAUGUAAGUUUUAUAUGAGGUUAUUUAUGUGACUGGUAACACCAUACAUAGAUGAUAAACCAUGGUUUUGUAUGUUUGUAUAACGGUUCUAGAAAAAAUAGAAGUGUUGACAAAGUUAAGUGUCAUGUAGCCAUCUUUUUGUUUCAAUUUUAGUAUUAUAAAAUAGUUGCAUUUACAGACAUGAGACAUAUGUUUACCUCUUUCCCCAAAACUAAGGAGCAGCAUGUGAUGUUGUGUCCUUGAACCCUCCUGUUGACAAAGGCAGUAUUUGGUGUUCUUCCAUGUGAGUCAUUGUGAUUAGGUCAGUCAUAUGCCACUCAUACCAUACAGUAGUCACAUUUCCUUCACCAGUGGGUAAUCUAAACAUUUAUUUUGUAGGUCUAAGCCACAUGUAACCCAUUAUUUCCAGUGAGAAAAGGACUUACUUUCUGAGCAGAAGUAUUUCAUCAAUCACAGUUGGCUUUUUAAGGAUGAACAGUCAGGAAUAGCCAAAUUGCUGUCAGGAACAAAUUGGCAAGUAUCAGGAUUUAGGGUUUUCUUCAGAUCUCAUUGCUAGACAUAAUUUAUAUACACCCGCUCCCCCAUUUUGCAAUUCAUCAUGCUGUACAUUGUAUACGAAAUGCCCUCAUCAGAAGUGACAUCAGCAAUGUUUGGCUGAUGGAGAAAGAGAAAGUUCUUAGGUUUUUAUAUAAUCGUUAUCAUUAUUCAUUUGACUUCCUGAGUUUUAGUGAACAUUAUUCUCCACCAGCCAAUAACAACAAGACAUAGUACCAAUCUUAGUACUGUACUUACAUUGUACUGUACCAAACUGUUAAGUGAAUAUGUAGCAGUCAAUUAUACUUGGAUAUUUGUUUA